CAUUGACAUUGCCGAACACGCAAGAUCUUCGCUUAUCGUAUGUUUCGCACUUAUUAUACACUUAUAACUCUCAUCACUUUUCUUACUUAUCUAAUUUUGAUUUUGUUUUUUUCGAGCAUCGUGUUAUUUCUUUGUAUCAUACAUCAAUCGUAGACAUAGACUGUCUACGUAGGUACCUACCUUUAAAGUAAUUGAUCAACUACUACCUCCUAGAGAGAAUAUCCUCAACCUCGGACGACAUUAAUACACUUACAUCAGCGAGACAAAACUUCAACAUGACCACCCUUCAGAAUUCCAUCAAUAGCGUAGUCUCUUCUGUUGCCAUUAUAAUACCCUCGAAACCGAAGCCGUUGACGGUAACAUACAAAGACCUCAUCGCCGAAUGCUCCUCCUUUCAGCAGAAACUCGCCGCUAUCGGAAUCACCAACCGUUCCCCCGUAUCGAUAGCGACGGUAAACUCGUACGAGUUUAUCGUCUCGUUCCUUGCUACCUCGUGGCAGCGCGGUAUCGCCGCACCGUUAAACCCGGCCUAUAAGCAAGAGGAGUUCGAGUUUUAUAUCGAAGAUAUCAAGUCCGCCAUUGUGUUGGUACCCAAGGGCGCAUACGAAGCCAAUGCGCCUUCUGUCAAGGCUGCGCGUAAGUUCAAUGCUGCCAUCGCCGAGUGCUACUGGGACAAUGCGAAGAACGAGGUGGCUUUGGAUGUCAAAGAUCUCGGUCAACUGAAGGGGAAGGCCAAAGAAAACCUGCUGCGGCCAGAGCCAGAUGAUGUUGCCUUGGUCUUACAUACGAGUGGCACGACAUCGAGACCCAAAGUUGUUCCGUUGACGCAUCGCAACUUGACGCGAACAAUGAAAAACAUUCAGGCGACGUAUAAACUUACCGCGCAAGAUCGGACAAUGCUGGUCAUGCCGCUGUUCCACGUCCACGGUCUUCUUUGCGCUCUCCUAGCUCCUCUGUACUCAGGUGGCUCCAUGAUUGUGCCGACCAAAUUCUCUGCUUCAGACUUUUGGCGUGAUUUUAUUGCCCACGGAGCGAACUGGUAUACUGCUGUACCAACCAUACAUCAGAUCCUGCUUAAGAACCCUGCUCCGAAUCCCCUUCCUAAGAUUCGCUUCAUCCGGUCUUGCUCCUCGCCUCUAUCCCCCACAGUGUUCCAUCAGCUGGAAGAGAAAUUCAAGGCACCCGUUCUGGAAGCGUAUGCCAUGACGGAAGCCGCACACCAAAUGACAUCCAACCCCUUACCUCCGGCGAAGAGAAAGCCUGGUACGGUAGGUUUGGGUCAAGGCGUGGAAGUCAAAAUUCUCAACGAAGCUGGAGAUGAGGUCCCUCAGGGUGCCGAGGGCGAGAUCUGCAUCUUGGGCGAAAACGUAACCAAAGGUUAUCUGAAUAACCCAGCCGCCAAUGCGACAGCAUUCACAAAAGGCGGCUUCUUCCGUACUGGCGAUCAAGGCAAGAAGGAUGAGGACGGCUACAUCAUCAUCACUGGCCGUAUCAAGGAGCUCAUCAACAAGGGCGGUGAAAAGAUUAGCCCGAUUGAACUAGACAAUGUGCUAACGAGACACCCAUCCGUCUCGGAAGCCGUAAGCUUCGCCAUUCCUGAUGAGCUGUACGGCCAGGAUAUCGGUGUUGCGGUCGUGCUCAAGAGCGGGGCCAAACUUGAACCUGAUGAAUUAAGAGCUUGGGUCCAGGAGAAGUUGGCCAAUUUCAAAGUACCCAAGAAGGUGAGUGCCAGUUCUUUUGGUGUGGAGGCUAACGAGGAGAGAUGCUAAUCAGCUAUGGUAGAUCUACUUUACCGAGGUCAUGCCCAAGACGGCGACAGGAAAGAUCCAGAGGCGCAUCGUGGCUGAGACAAUGCAGAAGCAGGAAUCUCCCAAGGCGAAGCUGUAAAGUUGGUGGUAGAAUGUUGUUUUUGCUUUUUAUCCCCGCUACUUCAGUACAGGAUUAAGCAGAAGGUCUAGGCGUGCGGGUGAGUAUAGGUGGGCGAACAGACGGGGUGUACAAAACAUAUGUGCAGGGCGAUAUCUUAAAGCGUAAAAGGUGAUUGCGCGACUUUGGCUUAUGCUAGAUAAAUGUUUAGAAUAUAGAAAUCGAUGAUGUAGAAGGAUAGUCAUGAAGAAAAAUGCAAUUUAGAUUAUAUUUUUGUAUUAGAGACGAGAGUCUUUUUAUCAUAGGUAUUUUGGGGGGGUAUCAUCGUUCAUUCGUUCCAUCCAUCCAUCCAU